UACGCCUUGACUCCUUGUUCGUGGAAAUUGGAGACCGCUCUGAAUUCCGGUUCGACUCUUCAUUCAGCCGCCCUGUUCCGUCUCUUUCUUAGGUCCUCCGUGUGUCUCGGCAUUAGCGCCGCUGUCGUGAUCACUUUUUGAAAUUGGUAGUUUCCCCACCUUUCCUUGGUAUCAAUCUUUUCCCCCGACAGUCCCGGCCCCGGCCAUGGCGGCGAGUGCGAAGCGAAAGCAGGAAGAGAAGCAUCUAAAGAUGCUACGGGAGAUGACGAGCCUGCCGCCCAACAGAAAGUGUUUCGACUGCGACCAGCGCGGCCCGACCUACGCCAACAUGACUGUGGGCUCAUUCGUCUGUACCACCUGCUCCGGUAUCCUACGAGGGCUCAACCCCCCCCACAGAGUGAAGUCCAUCUCCAUGACGACCUUCACGCAGCAAGAAAUAGAAUUCCUCCAGAAACACGGCAAUGAGGUGUGCAAACGGAUAUGGCUGGGUCUGUACGACGACAGAACUUCGGCUAUACCAGACUUCCGUGAACCACAGAAAGUCAAAGAGUUCCUUCAAGAAAAAUAUGAGAAAAAAAGAUGGUAUGUCCCCCCGGAGCAGGCCAAAGUGGUGGCGUCCGUCCAUGCCUCCAUCUCUGGCUCCUCUGCGAGCAGCACCAGCAGCACCCCCGAGGUGCGCCCCCUCAAAACUCUGCUGGGAGAGUCCGCCCCUGCCCUGCACCUGAACAGGAGCACGCCCAGUCAGUCCCCGGUGGUGGCUCGCACACAGGCCCAGCCUGGCGGGCAGUUCCCUGAGAAGAAAUUUGACCUCCUCAGCGACCUGGGCGGCGACAUCUUCGCCGCCCCGCCCUCCCAGGCUGCAGGCUCGGCAAACUUCGCAAACUUCGCACAUUUCAACAGCCAUCCAGCUCAGAGUGCUGCACAGGCAGACUUUGCAAACUUUGAUGCGUUUGGAAACCCUGGUGCAGCAGCUCAUUUUGCCCCUGCACCUCAACCUCUGUCCCAGCCCCCUCACACAGCGUUCGCUGCUCUGUCGUCCAGCCGCAGCGUGGGGGACUUUGCCACCGCUCGGCCGCUCCUGGCCGCCCGCAGUAGCACCCCCGGAUUAGCUAACGCCAACUUUGCAAAUUUUGACAACUUCCCCAAAUCCUCUAGCGCCGACUUUGGCUCCUUCAGUUCGUCCCAGAGCAACUCGGCGGGAGCCCCCAAAGCGGGCGUAGACGGCCCGAGCGUCCCCGCGGAUAGAUACGCCGCUCUGGCUGACCUGGAUAACAUCUUUUGCUCUGCCAAACCUGAGCCAGGGGGAGGUGUGCCCAGCGGAGUGAGCUCUGCUCCUGCGUCCGCGGGGGCGGGGCCUCCUCAGGCACCGCCCACCGGGCUCGGGGGAGACCGCUACGCCGCGCUGGCUGAGCUGGACAACGUGUUCAGCUCCUCUGCUCCCACUGGCAGUGUGUACAGCACCAGCAGCACUGCCCCAGGGAAUGUUUUUGCCGCCGUUACGGGGGUCACGCCCGCCCAGGCGCAGCAGGUGGUACCCAGCAUGCCCCAGGGUUUUGGAGCUCCCUCAACAAACCCAUUUGUAGCUGCUGGUGCCGCGGCGACUGCGGCAACCAACCCCUUCCAGACCAACGGGAGAGCAGCAGCAGUGGCAGCAGCCUCGUUCGGCACGGGCUCCAUGAGCAUGCCAGCGGGAUUCGGGAACGCCGCCGCCUACAACCUCCCCACCAGCUUCAGCGGGACGUUCCAGCAGCCCCUCCCAGGACAGGCGCCCUUCCCCCAGCCCCCGGCCUACCCUCCGCAGCCCAACGGUGCAGGCUUCGCAGCCUUCGGACAGGCCAAGCCUGUGGUGACCCCGUUUGGGCAGCCGUUGGCGGGACCCGGGGUGUCGAGUAACCCCUUCCUGGCUGGAGCCCCUGCAGGACAGUACCCCGCUGGAAGUUCCUCCACAAACCCCUUCUUAUAGCGCGCCUCCCUCAAGCCGCCACUAGGAGGUGACACCUGGAGCCCACACGCCUCUUGCACUGUUUUGUUCCACAAGUAGCUUUAAAACAUGUUUCUAAAACUUGCAUUUUGUAUCGGGUUUUAAAAACGACAACGGCGGCGACAACAUCGAUGACAAAACAGAACAUGGUAACGGUGUGCAGAAGAACGGUCUCUCCCUCAUCCUGUAUUUAACCUGUGAACUGGCCCCACACCCACAGAGCCACAUGUAUAUUCAAACUGGCUAAUGCUAAGUUAUUGCAAAUACCACAUUCGUUAUGCUGCAAAUCUGUACAUAAUUUUCUUAGAAAUUUUGUUCUUUGUGCAUAUCAGUAUUGGUAUCUUUACCACAUGUAUGUUACAGGGAAAAAGCAUUGGGCUACUGAGAGUUUCUGUAUUUGUGGGAAAAGGACAAGAAAAAACAAAUCAAUACAGGCGGUUCGGAAACAGUAGGUACAACAGGCUCUGCAGACGAAAGGAGGAAAAUGCUUUGCGUUCCAUUUCCAUGGGCGGCCAUGCCCGUGCAAAGGCUUGUGACUCCGCCCCCGGAUCCGGCCAGCGACCUGCGGCUCCGCCCAGCCGCCUGUGGCUCCGCCCCCGGACCUCGCUGGCCCCUCCUCUCCUGUCACGUCCUCAGGUGCUCACUCAAAGUCAUCGCAGACGAAGACCACUUAUGUUGGGUGUUAAAGAAAUUUAAGUUAAUGUGUACAUAUAUAUUAAAAUGGAUUUUAACUAAAAAACAAAAAAAAACUCUUUUGUAUUUCUGUACAACUCAUUCAUGUGUUGGAACAUUUUGUAAAAUAGAGAGAUUUAUAAAUGGCUAUCAUUAUAAAGACAUUGCACUCUGUUGGACAUGAAAGGUUUGGCCCCACCUUGGGGGCACGCCCAGAGGAGAUGAUUGACUGGGUAGGUAGUCGUGGUGACAGGAGGACAUGCAGCCCUGGGAAAUCUGAUAUAUAUUUCUAGCUCUAUUGUAAUAGCACUUUUCAUCUGCCUUGUAUUUAGAUUUUACUUUUAAUUAAGAAUAAAAAGUCAAAGCAAAA